ACGAACAACUCGAUAACUAGGUGAGCAUUCCUCGACUCGCUUGUCUCCUCCUUCCCCCUUCCGAUCUCGCCUCCGUCCUUUGUUUCUCAUCUCGCCGGCGACUGCGAGAUCGAAAAUUCAAGGAUUGGCUUCUUCAGAGCUCUCCCCCCUUCUGCUACUCAUCCAGGGUUUCUGAGAUUUUUUGCUCGAAAGGGAGUAAGAAAUGGCUCGCAGUUCUGCUCAUAAACAAGUUUCUGUGUAUCUUUACAUCCCUAAUAUCAUUGGUUACAUAAGGGUAAUCAUGAACAUUGUCGCAUUUGCUCUUUCUUCUUCCAAUAAACCACUCUUUGCGACUCUUUACUUUGUCAGCUUUGUCUGUGAUGGACUGGAUGGGUGGUUUGCACGCAAAUUUAAUCAAGUGUCAACCUUUGGAGCUGUCCUGGACAUGGUUACAGACAGAGUCAGUACUGCUUGUUUAUUGGCAGCCCUUUCUCAGAUAUACAGGCCAGGCUUGGUAUUUUUGGCAUUGCUAGGGUUAGAUAUUGCCAGCCAUUGGUUGCAAAUGUACAGCACUUUUCUAUCAGGCAAGUCCAGUCACAAAGAUGUUAAAGACACAGGCAAUUGGCUUUUGAGAGCUUAUUAUGGACACCGCCUAUUCAUGGCCUUUUGUUGCGUGGCAUGUGAGGUUCUUUACAUUGCCCUCUUUCUUCUUGCCGAUAGUCAUUCUAAAAGUAUCAUCACAGUUUCUGUGAAUGCUCUGAAGCAUAGUUUACUUCUUUCAUUGCCGUUUGCUUUAGCUCUAUUUGGAUGUGCUAUAAAGCAAGUGGUGAAUGUCAUACAGAUGAAGACAGCUGCUGAUGUCUGUGUUGUGUAUGAUAUGAGAAAAAAGGAGAGACCAUGAGCCUGCAGAAAAAUUGCCUCCUUUUGCUGCUGUUGUCAAUCUCACGUGCUUGCGCUCAUAUCACUGCCUUCAAAACCAUUCAGUAGUUUGUGGGUUAUCCCAAAAACCAAUUCUUGUUUGGCUGAUGCCAUUGCAUACCAAUGACCAGUGGGAAUCAAUGGAUGGGUGCUAGAUGGUUGAAGCAAAAAUUCAGAACUUCUUGUAAUUCAUAGUGUUUGUUUAUUGUUUCUUAGCUAGUUUUUGGCUUGGAUUUCUGCAUUUCCUCUUUUCAUUAGUUGCUCAUUGAGACCUUGAAAACCAUUCAUCUGCAUGAGUUGCCAUUGUCUCCUGCACAAGAAGACAGUUGUUGUAUAGCAUGCUCUUUGAUCUUGAUGCAUUUAGCUUCUUUCAAUGUGAACAUAUUUUCAUGGCAUUUUGGUUUGUAAUUCUACGCCAAAAAAACAAACAAACAAACAAACCUAAUGUUGAAUAUGUGAAGUUAGGAUUA